GAAGGGGAGGGAGAAGAGGGCUCCGCCCGCCGCAUGCGCUGCUGCGGUUCACCCCCCGUCCCCCCCCCUAGCCACGGACACCGGGAGGCAGCGGCGGCCCCCGGCCAUGCUGGCGGAGCUGAACGAGCUGCUGGGCGCCUCCCCGCAGCGCCCGGGCACGGGUAAAUUCACGCUGCUGCGAGACACCAGGACGGAUGGCAGCUUCCUGGUGCACCAUUUCCUCUCCUUCUACCUCAGAGCUGGCUGUAAGGUUUGCUUUGUGGCCCUGCUCCAGUCCUUCAGUCACUAUAACAUCGUAGCACAGAAGCUGGGAGUCAGUCUGACAGCUGCCAGAGAGCGGGGACAGCUCGUCUUCUUGGAAGGCCUCAAGUCCUGCCUCGACCUCUUGUUUGGGGAGCAGGAGCCGUCAGGAGAGCCCAGUCCUCUUCAGUUUAUAAGCGGGAGCACCUCCAACCUCAAAGCCUUGUUUGACUUCGUCCGGACCUCCCUGACUCCCGCCGACAGCGCCUCGUGGAAGGGCCCGGUGCUGCUGGUGGACGAUCUCAGCGUCCUGCUCAGCCUGGGCGCCGCGCCGGUGGCUGUGCUCGACUUCAUCCACUACUGCAGGGUCGUGGUGUGCUCUCAGCUCCAGGGGAACAUCGUGGUGCUGGUUCACAGCAGCGAGGAUGCGGAAGACGAGGAAAACGACCUGGUCGGGAACUCCUUGGGUCAUCACAGCGACCUGAUCCUGUGGGUAGAGGGGCUGGCGACCGGCUUCUGCAAAGACGUUCACGGGGAGAUUAAAAUAAUUAAGAGACUGUCGCUGGAGUCAACGGAGCAGGAUCUCGUCCAGGUCUACCAGUACAAGAUCCAGGAGAGGAACGUCACCUUCUUCGCUAGAGGGCUGUCCGCUGCCGUGCUGUGAUGCAGCGACGCCACGAGAGCACCGGGGCGCGGGGCCGGGGCAGCACCUGUACAUCGGAGGUGCCACCGAACCACCCUGCUGGCCUCACCCCUGCCUUCCAGGAGCAAAACUCCCUCGGAGAGAAGCUUAAACGGCUCUCGCGCUACAAGCAAACGUGGCCAUCAGCUCGCCAAGAGCUUAUUGCAUCCCUUCGUCCUCCCACCCUGUUCCCAACCUACGAGGCCAAGAGGAAGAGCGAAAACGUCCGAGGAUGUCCCUCAGAGCGUGUAAAUACAGGCCAGAGGAUGCCCCGGGGGCCGGGCGGGCCUCGCCUUUUCCGUUUGCGGCAUGGCGGUGCCAGGCAGUGCCGCAGCAUGGCGGGGAGCCAUCACCCCACCCCGGCCCUUACCGAGGUGACGCAGAGCGGGCGCAGGCAGGGCUGGCCCGGGAGCGUGUCGCAACCCUUACCUUUCUCCCAGCGCGGGCGGAGAUUUGCUCAACGCCCCGUUCACGCGGCGUUAACAGCCACGGCGCUAUUUAUACAGCCGGUGUAAGACCCAGAGGCUGCCUGGGGCGGUUGCUCCCUUGCUUUUUUUUUUAUUUUUUAUUUUUAUUUUCCCUCUUUUCACAUAAAACCACUGUGCCCGGA